UGGUGCUUGUUCUUAGUGAAUUUUGAAGUAUCAAAGAGUGUGAAUCAAAAAUGGCAGAUAGUUUAGUAGAGGCGCCAGCUCCGAGUUCGAGUCACUUGAUGAAUUUGGGUGGUCUUAUGUCGGCCGAUUUGCAGCCGAGCUCGUCGCCCGGGCCUUCGUCCAUUCCUUCUUCCUCGACCGCCUCGGUGGUCGCAUCCUCAUCCUCGUCGUCCACUUCCGGUGGACAGCCCUCGACAUUAUUGAUUUCCGUGGCCACCCAGCCAGCGCACGGCGGUGGGCUGAAUUUGUCCGAGCAAAUCAUGACCAGCAACCAAGAGCUGAACCUUAGCCUGGGCAACAACAAUAGCAACAGCGGUGCCAAUAGCCAACAGCAGCAGCCAGUGGGGGGAUCUCCGAAGGCCACACGCCCAUCCGAGCACUCGGAUGAGGACGAGCCUGAGACCAAGCGAAAGAAAAUCGAUAAACCCGAGACCAAAAUGAUCGAAAAGUUGGAAGCUCGCCUCGGCGGCAUCCUGUGCUGUGCCGUCUGUCUGGAUCUGCCAAGGACCGCAAUGUACCAGUGUACCAUGGGUCACCUGAUGUGCGCCGGAUGCUUGACUCAUCUGCUGGCGGAUGGUAGACUCCGCGAUCAGAAUGCGACCUGCCCGAAUUGUCGUACUGAUAUCAGCAAGAACCCAUCUUCGCGUAACUUGGCCGUAGAGAAGGCAGUAUCCGAGCUACCCAGUGGGUGCCGGUACUGUGGCAAUGAGUUUCCCAACAAGUCGAUCGAUUACCAUGAGGCCAAUGAGUGUGAAGAGCGUCCAACUGAGUGCAAAUAUGCCCGCAUCGGUUGCCAAUGGCGCGGUCCGAUACACGAGGUUCCCUCCCACGAGACCAAUUGCACCCAUCCGAAGAAGUCCGGAGCGGAAGUUAUGAUUGCUCUGCAGGAACACGAUGCUCGGGCGGCCGAAGAGAAGAAACUCUUCCUCACGUUGAUUGAUCUCUUGAGCUACGAGAAAAUUAUCUUCAAUGACCUUCAAAUGAAGCCAUACCGUACAGAUGAGUAUCUGCCCCGUCUAUUCUACGAGACGUCGCGGUUUUCCGCGUUCAAUCACCAGUGGGUGGUGAAGGCGAUCAUCAACAACAGCCAGCGUGAUCCCCAUCAGAGCACCAUACGGGACAUCACCUAUCAGCUCACUCUGAAAUCGAAAACCACCAGCCCACUGCCGAUGCAUUUCUUCGUGUUGCGGGGCCCAUUCUCUGACAUGAAGGUGAACACGCAGAUCUACAUGCAUGAAUUUACGGAAACCGAGACGGAGAGCCCGUUCAACUUGCUUCCGUUGCCGGAUACGGCCGAGUGCAAUCGAUUGCUGGCGGCGAAGAACAUCAACUUCAGGUUGAUAAUGUUUCUGGCGUCCAAGUAAUUAACCCGUCGAGGGAAACUGAACGUGAUCAGCGAUGGUAACAGUAUGUGUUGCAUCAACAUUUGCUAACUAUUUAUUAGUGUUACAAUGGGUUCUUUUACUAGCGAACAAACGCGCAGCAUCAGCCACAGCAGAGGAAGAAAAAAAAACAAAUAUUUUCGAAACUUUUCUCACUACAUAUUUCUAGAUAAUUUUACGCAGCACCUUACUUAGCAACAUUUUUGGCGUUGGAUUUGAGUUUUAUCAGUCGAUUUUAUUUAUCUUGGAUGUCUCUGCUAUUGGAAAAACCAAAUUUGUCAGUUUUAAGUGCUUACAAUGUACAUCCGUUUAUGGUAGAAGUUUUUUUUUCACUCUGUAGAUAUAAUUUUACUCACAGCAGUGCUGUGAUCGAUCGAAACCAGUCUUUUGUUAUCGCACAAAAUUUCAUUUUCUACAUGAAAUCAAGCAUUUGGAAUAAUACGAACUACUGCUCACCGCAAACAGAUCUUUUAUCAAAUAAACAUAGCGAGUAAUAUCUAGGAUAAAUUAUCAACAUUUUACUCUUACAGUUACACAUAUAUAAAUAGACAAACACAAACAGACACCCACACACCAUCUCAUGUACAUCUAAUU